CAAACACGCGAGUAACAAUGUUGACCAAGUGUGCUUUGGCUGCCAUCUUCGUGCUCCAGGUAUGCUGGGCCAUCCCCUACGACCUGACACCACGUAUCACCGAUGGUGAAGACGCCACGCCUGGUGAAUUCCCUUACCAAGUAUCCAUACAAUGGGGAGUCCCAUCCCUUAUUAAAUACAGCCACAUCUGCGGUGGUUCUAUCUUAAAUGAAUGGUACAUCCUAACCGCUGGACACUGUAUCCAGAAGAUUGGACAACUGAGGGUUAUAGCUGGCAAAUACUACCUGCAGAAGGACGAGGACACUGAACAAACUAUCGACGUUGCCAAGACUAUCGUCCACGCUGAAUACCCAGGAGGUGUUGCUCAACACGACAUCGCCCUUUUGCGAUUGAAGAAACCCCUGAUAUUUGACAGGAAAGUACAACCCAUCAAGCUGCCCGCUCAAGGACAAAAACAAGAUGGAGAUGUUAUUAUUAGUGGGUGGGGUUCAACACAAAAAAGCAUCCGCCCUACCGUUCUACCAAACAAACUCCAGAAAGCUGUUGUUCCAAUCCUGAGCAACGAAGAAUGUUUGAAGGAACUGAAAUCCAAGCCAAUCAUUGGUGAUCAACCUGAACUCUUCAGCACUCAAGUAUGCAGUGGAACUGCCGGCAAGGAAGUGUCUGCCUGCUCCGGUGACUCUGGUGGCCCACUCGCCCAAGGCCGUGGAGCUGAAGCUGUCCAAGUUGGUAUUGCCUCAUGGGUGAUGAUGCCAUGUGGAUCUACACGCAUGCCCUCUGUAUACACCCGUGUCGCCUCCUACGUUGACUGGAUCCACUGGUACAUGGAUGAGCGAUCAGGCACUCCGCCUACUCCGCCUACUCCGGCUCCUCCGGCUCCUCCGGCUGAAGUACCCGAAGUGACUCCUUCGACUAGUUCGGCUACUACAGUUACAAUUUCUUUCCUGAACAAAUUCGCUAUUACUUGUAUUGCAGUAAUACUUAACACACUGUGUUUGUAACAAGUCAAUGGAGAAAUUGAAUACAACAAAUGAAGAAGCAAUAAUAGUUUCCUCGGGUAUGUGUCGGGUGUGGCGUGUAGGGACAAACAUUCAGGGUACGCGGAUAGUUCAUGAUCCGGUCACUUGGGCCACGGAUUGUUGGCAAGCGGCCGGUGAUGGCCUGCAGCACCAUGUCCGGUGUCUCCGGAGUUAGAUUUUGAACUUAUUGUUUAGAAUGAGAGAGAGAGAAGGAGUGACUGCUGACAAGGUGCUUGUAGCAGAAAAAGCAAGCAGUGUGGAUUGAAGAAUCUAGUGGAGUAGAGUGGCGAUGAAACGUGUUCGUGAUUAAUUAGUAUACAUAGUUUAGCUUAAUUUUAAUAAAAUACAUUUAUACGCAGUCUGGUUUUCGCGAAACCUUCCAAGGCCACAUAUGUUCCUUAUAUCACCAUUACUCUUCUUCGUACGUUGCGUGCGAAAGUAACUGCAAGUACAAUUCGAUAAACUCCAGAUAUCGAUAACUUCUCGUAGAAAGCAAAUAUUUCUCAAGGACGGGACACUCAUGAUGGAUUGCGGGUGCUCGUGUCCCGAUCAAAUGGUUACAAUCGUAUCGAUCAAAAUAAAUCAAUCCAAGCAGAUUGUAUCUAAAAAUUAAAAUACUGGGAGCAAUAAUGAGAAGUUUCGAUUGAGUUUGCAUCACAAUCGAUAUCUACCCUUCUGCAGAAAAAAGUCGACGUAUAAAGGACGAAUCGAUCAAUCUUCUAUCAUUACGAACAGAUAUUAAUAACAAUAUUUAAUCUUUUUAUUAAGGAAAUAUUCCUACUUGAAGGAACCUUACAUUUCUGAAAUUCUAUUAACUUUCAAUCAAAUUUCGACCUACCCUCUUUUUUACGUUGCCAAGAAUGUUUUACUGAAUUCAUACACGCAAAGAAUUUUCGUAUCCGCCGUGUUUCAUGAGAUCUGUCCCGUUACCUGUCGAUUUUUCUCGAAUUGUCUUCGUAUUCGAUAGGUAUGCACGCACAUGAAUGGAUCAGCACCGCAGUGGCGACCUAUGUACAUUAUGAGCCAGCUGGUCGAGAAAAUCAGCAGCUACUUAAAAUUGCUGAACAAUUCCGAUUGGAUGAUUCUACAUGUCGCCAAUCCUGAUGGCUACGAGUUCACUCACACUGGGGACAGAUUGUGGUGAAAGACUCGAAGCAAUCAUGGGGAUGAUCAGGACGACAGUCGAUACGAUUCUCCUGUAAAAAUCUGCUUCAGAAAACCUGAAGCUUUAAUUACGAGCUAGUUAUAAUUUACUGUUAGUCGAUGAUUUGCUAAUCGUCUUUAUAUGUCCGUCCAUUAUAUGCUGCUUUAGCUGGUGAACCAUUAUACUAGAUGGUUAUGGGGUAAAUGCGAGAGUGUCGACCCGAAUCGUAAUUUUGGAUACCAUUGGGCUGAAGUGGAGGAGGGUAGGGCAAGUUUUGACCCUUGCCAUGAAGGCGAUGGCCGAACACAUCCUGGCGAAC